GUCUAAAAUAAGAUACCGUAGAAUAAGAGCCGUAACACCACUUUCGCUCAUCUACAGCUCAGCGUUAGUAUACGUUAGGCAACCAAUCUAACGAUGUUUAUAACAACACGUAUAAUUAUUGUUAAUGUAACAGUUCCUACAGAUUACGAUAUCACGUUAUAACCUAGAUUUUAUCUACUAUCGUCGAGUUCUCUCAGGUCGCACUUCAAACGCAGUACGGGAAGAUAACCUAUCUUUCGAUGUACUGAAAAACCAUCACAAAGUGAAACCAACAAAGGCCUCUUUCAAUAUACUCGUACGGGAAAAAUUAAGAACAUGUGAGUCACAGCUAAGGCAGUGCUAAAACAAAAGUGGUUAGUGGAAGGUGCGCGAUAUUAUAGUACGUGAAUCAAGGGUGACCAUGGCGGGAAACUCCGGAAUGGAACAGCUGAUUCCGAUUGUGAACAAAUUACAGGACGCUUUUUCACAAUUGGGCGUGAGCUUGACUUUGGAACUGCCCCAAAUCGCUGUGGUCGGAGGACAGUCCGCUGGGAAAAGCUCCGUUUUGGAGAACUUCGUUGGCAGGGAUUUUCUACCUCGAGGCACCGGCAUAGUUACCAGAAGACCCCUAAUUUUACAGCUCAUCAACUCCAAAUAUGAAUAUGCCGAAUUCAUACAUUGCAAAAACAAAAAAUUUACGGAUUUUGAUGAGGUUAGGAAAGAGAUUGAAGCAGAAACAAAUAGAGUAACUGGACACAAUAAAGGGAUAUCCAGCAUACCUAUCAACCUACGGGUAUAUUCACCCAAUGUUUUAAAUUUAACCCUAAUCGAUUUGCCCGGAAUGACAAAAGUACCUAUAGGAGAUCAGCCACUAGAUAUUGAGAUGCAAAUUAGGGAUAUGAUUUUGCAGUUCAUCAGGAAAGAGUCCUGCCUCAUCUUAGCAGUAACUCCUGCCAAUCAGGACUUGGCUAACUCGGAUGCUCUCCAGAUUGCUAGGGAGGUAGAUCCUAGAGGUUUUAGAACUAUAGGAGUUAUAACAAAGUUAGAUCUAAUGGAUGAAGGAACCGAUGCUAGAGAAAUUUUAGAAAAUAGGCUUCUACCCCUUCGAAGAGGAUACAUUGGUGUGAUAAACAGGUCGCAGGUUGAUAUUGAUAGAAGAAAAGAUAUCCAAGCGGCCAUGGCAGCGGAGCAGAAGUUUUUCUUAAGUCAUCCUGCAUACCGCCAUUUGGCCAGUAAAAUGGGCACACCUUACCUACAGAAAACUUUAAAUCAACAGCUGACCACUCACAUACGAAACACACUACCGGCACUUAGGGAUAAACUACAGAAACAGUACACUAUUCUGGACAAAGAGUUAGGAGAUUUCAAAAACCUUAGUCCAGAUGAUCCCAGCGUGAAAGCCAAAGCCAUGUUACAGAUGAUUCAGCAUUUCGCCAUCUGUUUCGAAAAAAUUCUGGAAGGCUCGAGAUCUGAUGACGUCAACACAGUUGAACUAUCUGGCGGGGCAAAAAUCAACUGCCUGUUUCACGAACGAUUCCCGUACGAGAUAGUCAAAAUGGAAUUCGAUGAAAUUGAACUGCGAAGAGAGAUUGGUAUUGCUAUUGUUAAUAUACACGGCGUUAGGAUCGGUCUGUUCACUCCUGAUCUAGCAUUCGAUGCAAUUGUAAAAAAGCAAAUUGCCCGACUUAGGGAGCCUUGCAUGAAAAUAGUGGAUCUAGUCGUAAAUGAACUUUCAAAUAUUAUACACACCUGUGCAGAUUCCAUAUCUCGAUUUCCAAGACUGAGAGAGGUAAUAGAGAGGUUAAUUACAGCACAUAUAGGAAAAAGAGAGAUGGCAUGCAAGGAUCAGUUAUCAGUAUAUAUAGACUGUCAGCUGUCCUAUAUGAACACGAACCAUGAGGAUUUUAUAGGAUUUGCAAAUGCAGAAAACCAAGCGAUAACGUCAUCCAGCAACAAUAGCUUGGGCAACCAAGUGAUAAGGAAAGGUUUUCUAGUCCUACACAACAUCAGCUUCUUACGUGGGAGGAGUUUUUGGUUUGUGUUAUCAUCGGAUAAUUUGGCGUGGUACAAAGAUGAAUCAGAAAAAGAAAUACAGUACAUCCUUCCACUGAACAAACUGAAGAUGAGAGACGUCGAAACCAGAAUUAUGUCUAGGAAACCCACCUUUGGUUUGUUCUAUCCAAGCGGCGCCAAUGUUUAUAAGGACUACAAACAACUAGAACUGAGUUCGGAAUCUGCUGAUGAGUUGGAUUCCUGGAAAGCAUCAUUCCUAAGAGCUGGAGUUUAUCCAGAGAAGGAUAAUGAUGCAAUUAUCGAAGAUGGCGAGAAAGAGACGAUGGAAAAAGAUAAUAUGGACCCUCAACUCAAACGUCAAGUAGAGAUAAUCCGCAAUCUAGUCGAAAGCUAUAUGAAAAUCGUCACGAAGUCUAUCAAGGACAUGGUGCCGAAGAUGAUAACGUACAUGAUCUUGAGCAAUACCAAAAGAUUCAUCUUUGAUGAACUACUUGUAUACGUAUAUGCGAACGACGACCAAAUGGAAUUAUUGGAAGAAUCUCCAGAGGCGGUGAAGAGUAGGGAAGAGAAAAUGGCGAUGUACAGGGCGUGCAAAUCGGCGCUGGACAUAAUUGGCGACUGUUCGCUCCAGAUCGCCACCAAGACAAAUGGAGUUGAAGACGAGAGGAUAUAUGGAAAAGUACAACAAUUGCAUCAUCCAGAGCCACCCAAACCGUCGACUGCAGUUAAGAAGAUUUACAGAAUGUCAACGCCACCCCCGAUAGCGACAAGACCGGCUCCGCCUCCCCCUCCCUCAGGUGCAAACAAAGAUAAACGAAAACGAUUUUCACUCGUUCCUCGUUUUUUCGUUGCAUCUGUUCCAUAAUCAUGUUUGUCUCUGAUAACAACUCUCUACUAACCGGGUAAGAUGAGUGUAUGUAUGUUUCGUGACGUUUGUGAUGUCCGUACUAUGUAAAGUGGAGUAAAAACAGCAUUUACUAACCCUUUUUUCUUAUUGCAACAUAUAGGCACGAUGUUCAUUGAUACCUAAAAUGUCUGUGUAUAGGCAUAGAAAAGCCGUCCAGGGGCGUGUUCUCGAUUCUCCCAUUCGAUAUUUUUCAUUCCACAUAAUUUGGCGAGAUUUUAUCACCGUUCGAUAAAAUGGCAUAAGCGAGAAUAUUUCGCAUGCGACACUGAUGUCGAACACCGAUUUGCUGAAGCGUUCGACAUUUUCCUGCGACAAAUCUCGAAUGCGAUACUCGAGGACACGCCCCCAGCUGCAGUUGCUGUAAGAUUUUGCUCUGAUAGUACUGAUCAAAAUUGAUGAUUGUAUCAGGUCGCCGUUGUCUUUUUUCGUAUUUCAGAAAGUGAUGGAAAUGAUUUCCCUUCUCAAAAGUCAUAUAAUUAUUACUAUCGAUUUGUUUCAAUUAGUUGCAUUAAACAGUUCGAAAGAAAGCAGCGAAUGUAACUUCUGAACCUCAUCAGGCGCCUGACUUUCUUCGUCACCAGUGUCACCAUAAAUUCUUCACCGACUAAACGAUAUUUACAACAUAUGUUAGCAAUAUGUUUGACUUGUGGCCGAAUCGUCAGCCGCUCCUUCAAUUGUAGGAAGCUUUUAUGGCCUCCUUGAUUUUCAUAGUUUUUCCUACCCUUCAGAAGGGCAGGGGUAUUUCUACCUUUCUACUGUUUCAUGUCAGCGCUCUAUUUUUAGGUUAUAUUUUCAUUUUGAAUUCUACAAAACUUCAGGCCGAUAAAACCUGAUUUUUAACAUCUGUUUUACCAGCCUGAAAUUUCUUAAGAUUAAAAAAAAACAUAAGUGACGCUGGAACGGAACAGUAGAAACCUAGAAAUACCUCAGCCUUUCUGAAACAGAGAGAAAUACUAUGCAAAUCAAGCAGGCCAUAAAGGCGUCUUACAAUUGAAGUCACAAGUGGAUAAAGCUGUCAUGUAACAAAAUGAUUGUGUGUGCAAAAUUGACUUUAAACGUUUUUUGUUGGGACUUUUUACUUUAUUGACAUUUUAAAUAUUUAGUUUAAUUAGUUUGAUAUUAUCUUGUUUUUGCAACAGGAUGAAAAAGUCACUCCUUAAGGGUACUUGAAUGCAAGAAAAGCAAUUUUAAAAAAAAUGUUACAUGACAACCUUAUCCACGACUGACGAUACGGCCCUUAGAUAAUAACAUCCAGUUAGAAGAUAUUUUAUUAGGUAUGUAGUGUCCUCAAGACAUUAAGCACAAAGUUUUUAUGUGUACCUCAUCUUAAUGUAGGAUUGGCCGAAAUCAGUAACACCACAGAGUGCUUUUCAUUUUGGAGCUUUUGAAGACAUAUACAUCUGUUCAGCAUGAAAUUGAUGCAAUACUGCUUAUUGUAUCGAAUGUCAUAACGUGUAAUUCUUAACCAAACCUUUACUAAUGUGGAGUAUGAGUCUGUGUACGUUUAGUGACGUUUGUGACAUUCAUACUAUGUAAAAUUGGGUGAAAACAUGAUGUAAUGAAGAAAUUACAACUUCAGUCCAUUGGCUAACACUUUUUCUUAACUUGAUGCGAAAUAUGCAACACCUAUUGUUAAGGGGCUUGUGGUUAUUGACAAAAUGCACGCAUAAGUAUAGAAAAAUCGUCCAGGGGGGUGUUCUCGAAUCUCGCACUCGACGUUUUGUAUUCCACAAAAUAUUGUAAAGCUAACGGCCGUAUCGUCAUUCGUUCCUACAAUUAUUGUAGGACGCCUUAAUGAUUUUCCUAGUUUUCUAUUGUUCCGUCUUAGAGCUCUGUUUUGAGGAUAUGUCACAAGUAUCUAUUUGCAUCAAAUUGUUCAUGCUUUUGAUUUACGUCAUCUAUUUUAUCAGCCUGAAAUUUCCUACAAUUCAAAAAGAAAACAUAACCUCACAAUAGGAGAACGCUGACGCUGACACGGAACAGUAUAAAUCUAGGAAUACCCCAGCCUUUCUGAAGGAGAGAAAAUACUAUGAAAAUCAAGGAGGCCAUAAAGGCGUCCUACAAUUGUAGGAACGACUGACGAUACGGCCCUAAGACCUUUACAAAAGUGACACCGCAGUGACGUACGAUGGCAAAUAUCACAAAAAUAAAAUUCCAUUGUUGAAAGCGAGAAUAUAUCGCAUGCGACAUUGAAGUCGAAACGAGAACACUAAUUUGUUGAAGCGUUCGACAUUUUCUUGUGACAAAUGUCGAAUGCGACACUCGAGACCCCCCCCCCAAAUUGAUAAUGUGUGGUGGAAUUAUGUAUGAAAACAUUACUACGUUAUUUACAACAGCAUUUGUAAGUAAUCUGUCUGAGUUAGAAAAUAACAUCGAGUUAGAAAAUACUUUUUUAUUUAAGUAGUGUUCUCAGGGCAUUAAGCACAAGAUAUUUAUGUAUACCUUAGGACUAUAGGACCCAGGCUUGGCUGAAAUCAUUAGCAGCACAAAGUGACUGUGGAGCCAUUGGAGACACAUACUAUGCGUCCUGAAAUUGAUGUAAUACUUCUUUUUUGUAUCAACAGUCAUAACGUGUCAUUCUUAACCAAACAGUAUUAAAAAUGUAUAAGAGAAAUGUGCAUUUCUAAAUGACUGACGAUGAAAUAAGCAUUUUAUACGUAUACAUUGUUAUAUAUUUGUUGUUUAUAUAGAAUUGUACAUUGUAAUGAAACACAUAUGAUUUUAUUAAACGUG